GAUCCUGUCUUAAAAAGUCACAUGCGCACACACAUGUACACACACAUACACACACAUGUACACACACACAACACACACUAAAGUAAAAUAAAUAAAUCAAACAUCCCCACAUCCUAAUCCAAUCCUGAAAGGAACACUUUCUGUCCCCCUCCCCACACCUCCCACUUCCCUGUGCCUCUCUGGACACUGGUUCUAUCUUAAAGUCUGCUGUUUUUGGUGACCUCAAGACCCCUUUAGAUGUGGAACCAGUGAAGAGAUUCUAUGGACCAAUCUCCUAAAGCACUUCCCAAUGAUAAGAAGGAGAAAGAGUCUAUGGAGAAAGAACCCACGUACAGGAAGAGGGGCAUGAACCCCACAUCCGUGUCCCGGGGCUUCAGGACCAGAGAGGUCCGAAUUACCAAGAUUCCAAACCACUUCCAGGCAAAGAAGACAGAGAACAUCCUAAUCUUGGUGGCCUUCUCCACUGGACUUGGCAGCGUGUGGCGUUUCCCAUACCUGUGCCACCAGAAUGGAGGAGGCAGCUUUCUACUGAUUUACCUCAUCCAGCUGCUGCUGGUGGGGAUCCCCCUGUUGUACAUGGAGAAGAUCAUUGGACAGUGGCUACGGAAGGACAACAUCCAGGCCUGGAAGCAGCUGGCCCCCUGGCUAGGCGGUUUGGGCUACUCCAGCACACUGGCUUGUGUGCUGGUGAGCCUGUACAACAGCGCGCUGAUCUCCUGGAAUGUCAUGUACCUGGGCCAGUCCUUUGAUUACCCUCCACCCUGGGAACAAUGCAAAAUGCAUUCCCGUGACCAUGGGAACAUCAGUAUGACUAAGAUCCAGUGCCUUCAGACAGUGCCCUACCAGUAUUUCUGGUAUCACACAACCCUUGAUGCCUCCAGCCAGGUGGAAGAAGGGAUUGAGAUGCUGGUCCUGAACAUCACCCUGUGCCUCUUUGCCACCUGGGUCUUCCUCUAUAUCAUCCUGAUUAUUAGGAUGAGGAUCUCAGUGCUUAUGCUGAUUUUCUCCAUAUUCUUCCCCUACAUCCUCCUCUGCUGCUUCCUCAUCCGCAGUCUCUUCCUGCCAGGAGCGAUGGCUAGCCUCAGGCGCCUGGUGACCAUAGAGCUCUCUAUCUUGUCAUCGCUGGACACAUGGCGUCAGGCUGGAGGCCAUGUGCUCUUCUCCCUCGGCCUUGGCAUGGGCACCAUCAUCACUUUCUCUUCCUACCAGACUAGAGGUGACAACUACAUCAAGUUGGCCUUCUUUGUGGCCAUGGCCAACCUGGUGACAUCAUUGCUGAGCACGGCCAUCAUCUUUCUGGUGCUGGGCUUCUGGACCACAACCAGCGGGCCCAGCUGUGUUGAGAAGUGAGUGGCACAACCUGGCAAUGCUAGCAGAAGCUUUCCCUCCUCAGCUCCCCUUCAGCACCACAGU